CACCUAUGUACUACAAAGGACUCUACCAUCUAUUUUAUCAAUACAAUCCAAAAGGUUCUGUUUGGGGUAACAUUGUGUGGGGCCAUUCAGUAUCAACGGAUCUUAUUAAUUGGAAAGUACUUGAACCGGCCCUCUACCCGGACAAACCAUUUGACCGAUACGGAGUUUGGUCCGGGUCGGCCACAGUUGUCCCGGGUCGAGGGCCCAUAAUCCUCUAUACCGGAGUUAUUGAUGAGAGAAGCAAUGAAGUACAAUGUUACGCCGUACCCGCCAAUGCAUCCGACCCAUUUCUUAGAAAAUGGGUCAAACCGGACGAUUACAACCCGAUCGCGAUCAUAGAACAGGGCGUGAACGGGAGCGCGUUUCGCGACCCGACCACGGCCUGGUGGAUAGACGGACAUUGGAAGAUGCUAGUUGGUGCAAAGAAAAAGCAUAGAGGGGAAGCAUAUUUAUACAAUAGUAAGGAUUUUGUGAAUUGGGUUCGGGCCAAACACCCGAUCCAUUCGGCGCCAAAUACGGGUAUGUGGGAAUGCCCGGAUCUUUACCCGGUUUCAUUGAGAUCCAAAAAAGGGUUAGACACAUCCAUAGUUGGGAAUAGUGUUAAACAUGUUCUCAAAAAUAGCCUUGAUGUAACAAGGUAUGAUUAUUACACGGUUGGAACAUAUUUAUGGAAGAAGGAUAAGUAUAUUCCGGAUAACACCUCAGAGGAUGGUUGGGGUGGCCUUAGAUAUGAUUAUGGUAAUUUUUAUGCUUCCAAAUCAUUUUUUGAUCCUAGCAAAAAUAGAAGGAUCAUAUGGGGUUGGGCAAAUGAAUCAGAUUCUACAGAAGAUGAUGUUAAAAAAGGAUGGGCAGGAAUUCAGGGGAUUCCAAGAAGUGUGUGGCUUGAUCCUAGUGGAAGACAGUUAGUACAAUGGCCUGUGGAAGAGUUAAACAAUCUUAGGAAAAAUGAAGUUCAGACAAGCAAUCAAAUACUUCAAAAGGGAGAUUAUUUUGAAGUGAAAGGGAUUACUGCUGCUCAGGCUGAUGUGGAAGUAACAUUCUCAUUCUCAAGUUUGAACAAAGCAGAGCCAUUUGAUCCUAGUUGGGUGAAUGCACAAGAUCUUUGUGCCCAAAAGGGUUCAAAGAUUCAAGGUGGGGUUGGACCAUUUGGCCUUCUAACAUUGGCUUCAAAAAGAUUGGAAGAGUUCACUCCUGUGUUCUUUAGGAUUUUCAAAGCUCCAAAUAAGCAUGUGAUUCUCAUGUGCUCUGAUGCAUCAAGUUCCUCUUUGGCUAAUGAACUGUACAAGCCAUCAUUUGCUGGAUUUGUAGAUGUGAAUUUAGCCAAUAAGAAACUUUCUCUUAGGAGUUUGAUUGAUCAUUCCGUCGUGGAAAGUUUUGGAGCCGGAGGAAGAACAAACAUAUUGUCUAGGGUUUAUCCAACCCUAGCAGUGGAUAAUCAUGCUCACUUGUUUGUGUUCAACAAUGGUACUGAGGAGAUCACAGUGAAGAGCUUGAAAGCAUGGAGCAUGAGAUCUGCUCAUAUAAACUGAACUUAGCUAUAAAUCAAUAUAAAUAAAUUCAAUUGAAUAAAUUAAUAUUGAGAUAGUAAAUAAUAUUAUU